CUAGUCACUUUCCUUAUUUUCCUAUUGAGCCAGCAUGGUUUCCUUUCCCCUUCCAUAAAUACUGCCUUUUCCAUAAGUCUUUUAUCACUUGAACAAACUUGUACAAAAAUGUUGAUGCCAGUGCAAUCUCUGGCUCUGCCUCACUCCAAAAUUAUAAAAAACAGCACUAGUAGGGCAGCCUCGUUCGCCCCCGAUCGCCUUUCACUUACCAAGAACGCACGGCAAGAGAAAGAAAUCGACGUAUUCGAUGCAUGGAACUACUUCAACGAGGGGCUGAGCCAUACUCCCAAAAUCCGCACCAAGAGUUUUCCCAAUCACCAUCACCCUCAGAAGCUAAAGAAAGAAGUUGUCCAAACUGCGGUCAAGGAACAUCCGCCACUCGAACCAGAGAAGCCAAGCAAGAAGAGCUUGCUUGCCAGCAUUGGCUGGAACUGCUCAUGCUUGACCAUGAGUGGAAGAUCAAAACCAGGAAACAAAAGCAGGAGAGCCCAAUUUGGCUCCCCAAUCCCCAUAAAAGGGAACAACUGCUUCAACGCGGCCUCAAGCCUAGCCAUCCUCACUUGGGAAGAGGACUUCAAAAUCCCUUCAACUUCAAGCGAAACGCACAACGACACUGACAGCGAUGCAAGCUCAGAUUUGUUUGAAAUCGAGAGCUUCUACAUCGACAACCCUUUUGAACCCACAACAUGCUAUCAUGCUCCGGGCAUAGAGUGGAGCGUUGUCACUGCCAGCGCUGCAGAUUUCUCAGACUCAGACGACGCGUCCUCCACCAUCCUGAUGCCGUGUAUAGAGAAAUCCGGCUUGAACGCGAAAACUGCCUCCUUCCGUGAAAUGCCAAAGAUUUGGCCGAGUUUUCUCUCAGGCUGCAAGAGUCAGAAAGCUGUUGGAGUUGCGGGAGAUGCACAGACGAGAAGACGGCCCAUCACAGCCAUGAUGACAGCAAGCUUAGCUUAAAUGCAAACAGCAGGCAAAGCUCACAUGAUCAACCUAUAUGCCAAAUCAAGAUCUUGUAUACUUAAGUAUUCCCUUCUUGUUAAUUUUUUAGCAAAGAACAUAUGUCAUUAGUAAAUAAAUGGUUGCCCUCUCUGUAAUGUACCUAUCUUCCAAACAUUAAGGAGGCGUUCGCUUUUCUUCAUAUGAAAAGCUAAGAAAUUAAUCCUGGUCUCAUUUGUAAUGGUAGGGCCCACCUAAAUGAUUCUGUAAACCAGCGUUCGGUGUUCCAGAAUUGUCUUUAGUAUUGGAAAUAUAUAAAUUAUUUUCUUAAUUAAA